AUGCGAGAUUCAUCUGCCGAUGCCUCUGCCAACGAGGCCUUGGCCCGCAUGGGCUACAAGAGUGAACUACCCCGAAAUUUAAGUAUGCUGAGCAUUCUCGGCCUUUCCUUUGCGAUCAUGGCCGCUCCUUUUGGACUAAGCACAACCUUGUACGUCACCCUCGCCGAUGGUCUAUCCGUUACGAUUCUCUGGGGUUGGGUGUUUGUCACCCUCAUCUCAAUCGCUAUCGCCGCGUCUCUCGCCGAGAUCUGCGCCGUUUACCCCACAGCGGGAGGCGUAUACUACUGGAGUGCGAUGCUCUCCACGCCGCGCUGGGCACCAUUGAUGUCUUUCAUCGACGGCUGGCUGACCCUCGUCGGCAAUUGGACCGUUACUCUGAGCAUCAUCUUCUCCGGCGGCCAGCUGAUCCUCAGCGCGAUCUCGCUCUUCGAUGAAUCAUUCGUCGCCAACGCUUGGCAGACCGUCUUGAUGUUCUGGGCAGUAAUGCUCUUCUGCGCACUGGUGAAUAUCUUCCUAUCGCGCUAUCUCGAUCUCAUCAAUAAGAUCUGCAUCUUCUGGACAGCGAUCAGCGUGCUGAUUAUCCUCAUCACGCUAUUGACCAUGGCGGACAACCGCCGAGACGCCAAGUUCGUUUUCGGCGAGUUCGACGCUUCCACCAGUGGCUGGCCCUCGGGAUGGGCUUUCUUCGUGGGCUUGCUGCAGGCAGCAUACACCCUAACAGGCUAUGGAAUGGUCGCAGCCAUGUGCGAGGAGGUACAGAACCCGCAUCGCGAGGUGCCCAAGGCAAUCGUGCUAUCUGUAGUAGCUGCUGGAGUCACCGGUCUGUUCUACCUAGUCCCGCUUCUCUUCGUGAUGCCCGAUGUGCAGAUGCUUCGAGACGUAGCCAGCGGGCAACCGAUCGGCCAGCUCUUCAAGACCGUGACGGGCUCCGCGGGCGGUGGCUUCGGCUUGCUCUUCCUGAUCCUCGGCAUUAUGCUAUUCGCCGGCAUCGGAUCUCUCACAGCCGCCAGUCGCUGCACGUACGCAUUUGCGCGCGAUGGUGCCAUCCCGGGCUUCAAGCUCUGGCGCCGGGUGAAUAAAACAUUGGAUGUGCCGGUCUGGGCGGUAGUGCUCUCGGCGGUCGUUGACGGUCUGCUUGGAUUGAUCUAUUUUGGGUCCACGGCUGCAUUCAACUCGUUCACGGGCGUGGCUACCAUUUGUCUGUCGACCUCGUAUGGUCUCCCGAUUUUGAUUUCCUUGGUUCGGGGCCGUCGCGACGUGAAAGACUCCACGUUCUCCUUGGGAAGAUAUGGAUUCGCCAUCAAUGCCAUUACCAUUGCGUGGAUUGUUCUGGCUAUCGCUCUCUUCUGUAUGCCGGUUUCGUUGCCGGUUACUCCUGAGUCGAUGAACUAUGCCAGCGUUGUGUUCGCUGGAUUCGCGAGUAUCAGCGUUAUUUGGUACGCUGUAUAUGCGCGUAAACACUUUACUGGACCUCCGGUCAGUAGGGAAGAAGCGCGCGCGGCCACGGAGCUGAUGACGGGUACGGCAGUGGAUGCGGAGAAACCGCUAGAGAAGACGAAGAAGAUGUCUAGCGAAUAG